CCAGAGUCCCCGAAUGGUGACGGAUGCACUGGGAGAGGCUGGCUGGGCGGCCCGGAAUCCCGUGGCGUCGUUCCCCCCGGCCGUGGCGCCACCGGCGAGCCGUACCCGGGCUUGGAGGCCGAGCGCCACCGCUCGUUCUGAGAGGCGAGUGAUCCGAUAUGGAGCAUGCCUUUACCCCGCUGGAACCCCUGCUUCCCACUGGGAAUUUGAAGUACUGCCUUGUGAUUCUGAAUCAGCCUUUGGACAAAUAUUUUCACCAUCUUUGGAGCAAAGCUCUUUUAAGAGCCUGUGCUGACGGAGGUGCCAACCGCUUGUAUGACAUCACUGAAGGAAAGAGGGAAAGCUUUUUGCCUGAAUUCAUCAGUGGGGAUUUUGAUUCUAUUAGGCCUGAAGUUAGAGAAUACUACACCAUUAAGGGAUGUGAGAUUAUUUCAACUCCUGAUCAAGACCAUACUGACUUUACCAAGUGCCUUGACGUGCUCCAAAAGAAGAUAGAAGAAAAAGACCUACAGGUAGAUGUGAUCGUGACAUUGGGAGGACUUGCUGGGCGUUUUGACCAGAUCAUGGCGUCUGUGAGCACCCUGUUCCAGGUGACUCGCAUCACUCCUUUGCCAAUUAUAAUAAUGCAAGAGGAAUCUCUCAUCUACCUGCUCCAGCCGGGAAAGCACAAAUUACAUGUAGAUACUGGAAUGGAAGGUGAUUGGUGUGGCCUUAUUCCUGUUGGACAGCCAUGCAGUCAGGUUACGACAACAGGCCUGAAGUGGAACCUCAAUGGACUGGACUUCCUGCUGGGAGCAAGCAGAGGCACACUUGGGAGGGAGACCUCAGGUGGCCUGAAAUGUGGCACUCGGUGCCUGAGGAAAGCUUUGGUCUCUAGUGUAAAACUGCUGGUCAAGCAAAUCAUAUGCUUAGUUUUGGAACACUGGUCAGUACUUCCAAUACCUACGAUGGAUCUGGUAUUGUGACCGUGGAAACGGACCAUCCGCUCCUCUGGACCAUGGCCAUCAAAAACUAACACAGCCACCGGCAUCCUCAGCUGUGCCUCUGACUUACCUCAUUUGCCAAUGACUUAUUGCUCAACAAGAAUGGUUCACUGUGGUUUGCAGGAAUCUAGAACUCUCCAUGGGAAGUCUGCUAGUUUUAAAGAUGUUAAUAUUUAAAUAAUCCAGGGGACAUUAUAAAUGACAGAUCUCUGUUUUACAGUGAGGAGGGGAAAUCAUUAUUUGUUAAGAAAGGAAAUAAGCUCUGUUACAUUCAGUUGGAAAACUAAUGUGGAUCAUUCCACUAUAAAAUGCAGCACUGGUUAUUCUUAUGUUAUUAAUCAUUCCAUUUAUCCUAGGAAAUUGGUUUUAAUUUUGAAGCUGAGAAAGCUCUGUUGAGGGUCCUUGGUGUCCAGGAUGUAAACCUCCCAUCCUUAAAUGCUUAUCAUCAAGGGCUACUUCUGAGUGUCUAUUAAUAUUAGAUUCCUCUAUAUAAUAUAGAAAGGAAAUUCUUCCAGAUUGGAAUGUUAGAAGUACACCAUUUCACUCUGGCCUUAUUACUGUGUUGGGUGUUGUCUUUUAGGAAUACAUCCAGAAUCAUUGACCUAAUUAUUAAAUUUGAAACAGGUAGUUAUGUAAGCUAUAGGUGAAAAGAGAAAUGACACAAAAGAUAAAUGACAGUCCAUAAAGCUCUACUAACGUAUUCACCCCAAACUCAGCUUCUGAAGUCAGUGUGCUGGGCUUUAGUGGAGUGACAGAUCCAAGUUGCCCUCAUCAUAAUUACAAUCUGGACUGAAAAUGUUAUGCAGAGGAAACUUAAGCAUAAAAAUCGAAUUGUUUCUGACAUACCUCAGACUGAAAAAAACCUUAGUUCAUAGACCACAAGGUUACCAGAUUACCAGAUUACCAUGGGUUUUGCAAUCCAUGGGGAUGAGUGAACACAGUGUAUAAGGAGCCUGGUCUGAAAGCCUGCGUUCCUGUCCCUGUGCGGCCAUCCAUCUCAGUUCCCUGAACCCCCCUCCUCAGCCAGAAAAGGGAAGCGGCUGGAUGGAUGUGCCUGAGGUGCCUCCCCACACUCAGAUGCCAGACACCGACGCUAGGCUGUCAUUAGGCAGAUAAUGCCCAGUUACUAAACCAUCUGGGGCACUGAAACGUAUUCGCAUUUCUUUUAUGAUGAGACCCUCUUCUAUCCUCUUACCCUUUUCCAUCUUGUUUACCAAACCGAAUGUUGCCACACAAACCAUGAAGUAAGAACCUGCCCAACGUGGUUCCAUACCCACAGUCCCCGGGUUGCUGUAAGGAAACGGACCAGCAGCUCUUUUCUUCCUGGUGCUACAGCAGAGGCAGCAUCAGAUUGUAAGUGGAGGAUGAAAGCAGGGUCAGCUGAACUAGCAUGCAAUUGUGAACAGUUAAUCAUUAGAAAUAAUUUUUAAAUAUUUAUGCAAAUAUAUGUGAGAUUGAAAUCUGGAGCUCAAAUAAAAAUA